UGAUUCAGAAAAGAUCAAGCAAAUGGGAUAUACAAUUGAAAGAUGUAAAGAAUAAGUCAUGUAGAUUAUUGAAGCAAGAAUGCUCUAUCGAUGUAGACAUUAAAACAUUGUCUGAGACACAACUGAAUGACUUGAUUCAGAAAGCUGUAAAGAAUGGUCAUAAUGAAAAUGUCAAGUUUUUGAUUCAGAAAUGUCUGGAGGCAGAUAUUUGCCCAAGACCAGAAUUGGUCAAUUCACUAUUUGAGUAUUACAUAAAGGAUAUAACUAUGGUGUAUGCAAUACAAAAAUUAGUCCAGAGGAAUAAUGAUUAUAUUUCCUUAAUCAAUGGGAAUUUUGAUCAUUAUGUGGCUGAGUCUCUUUGGUUGAAUGAAGAGAUCUUGAAAGCUUUACCUAUUUUUGAAACAGUCUACAGGAAGCACAAUCAUUUAAGGCGAAAAAUUCGUCUUACAUUCAAGUACUUAAUAUUUGAUGUUACAAAUAGGAGUGAAGCUAUCCUUGUGAAUAUCAUAAAAUUUAGUGAACAUAUCAUGGAAGAUUUUAAAGAUGAUUACAUGAUGUCUUGCAUAUGGCAAGUUUGUUUCAUUAGUGAAUGGUACACAGAUCAAAAAUUGGCUUUGGAUUUGCUUGAGAAACACGCAAAUUUGAGCCAUUCAAUCAUAAGUCAUAUUCCUACCAUAGUACAAAUAUCCCUAAGAAAUCACCAGGUAGAUGUUGUGCAGAGAUUGCUAGAGGUACUCAUGCAGUUUCAGAUUGAGAGUCAGUAUUGCUAUGUUCUUAUGGCAUUGUUUAAUUAUAAACUACAACAACGGGAUUUACGAAGCUGCUCAGAGAUUAUUAAUUGGGCUGUGAUCAAUAAUGUAAAGUUACCAAACACUUUGCAUCAAAAGUUUCUAAUGUUAUUGCUGAAGAAGAAUGAACCUAUUCAACCAGUCAAGAGUCCAGUAUCAACAGACUAUAAGUUUUGAUGUAGUAUAA